GAAAGCCGCCGAAGAAGAAAGUAGAGAUCUAACAUAUGGGUCCACCAGCUAUCACCGCUAAUCUUCAGUCGCCACCUUCAUUACUUUUCAGUCAUCUGAUACUCAAACCUUUCUCAAUCACAUCAUUUCCCCCAUCUCUUCCAUUUUCAUCUUCAUUAUUUCUCCCAUUUCAUCCACCUUUUCUCAGCAGGUUAAGUCUACAAGCUGUUGCUAACCGUGAGAGCCACCACACAUUGUUUCAUUCUCUACCGAUUGAACAGAUUAUGGAAGAACAGGGUGUUGUUGGUCAAAGGUAUGCUGUUGUAACCGGAGCGAACAGGGGGAUUGGGUUCGAGACGGUGCGACAGCUUUCCAAACUAGGCGUAACUGUUGUCUUAACAGCUAGGGAUAAUGAAAAGGGUUCAGAAGCUGCAAGUUCACUUCAUGAAUUGGGUUUUCAUAAUGUAGUGUUCCAUCAACUUGAUGUUCUAGAUCAACAAAGUGUUGAUUCCUUGGUCAAUUUCAUCAAGGAUAACUUUGGAAGGCUUGAUAUAUUGGUCAAUAAUGCUGGAGCUUCUGGUGUCCAUGUUGAUGAAGAUGGACUAAGAGCGCUAAAUUUAGAUCCUUCUUCGUGGCUCUCAGGAAAGGCAACCGAUCUAGUCCAAGACGUGAUCAAAACGACAUAUGCAUCAGCUGAACAAUGUUUGAACACAAAUUACUAUGGUUGCAAGAGGGUAGCUAAAUCUCUUCUUCCAUUGCUGGAGCUGUCUAUUUCAGGAGGAAGGAUUGUCAAUGUCUCAUCUCUUAGGAGCGAGUUAAGGCGUGUUACCAAUGAGCAUAUUAGAAAAGAGCUUGGGGACGUCGAAAAUCUGUCUGAAGAGAAAAUCGAUCGGAUAGUGGAGAGUUUUUUGGGUGAUGUCAAAGAUGGUGCACUUGAGAGCAAUGGAUGGAACAAGAUGUUGCCCGCUUAUAGUGUAUCAAAGGUUACACUUAAUGCCUACACCAGAGUGCUAGCUAAGAAGUACCCGCAAAUGAAGAUAAACUGUGUCCACCCCGGUUAUGUCAAUACCGAUCUUAAUUGGCAUACUGGAACAAUGACUGUUGAGGAAGGUUCUCAAGGCCCGGUUAAGCUAGCUCUUCUUCCGGAAGAUGGCCCAACUGGUUGCUAUUUUGAUCGGACUGAAAUGGCUGAGUUUUAGUAAUUGUUGAAGAAUAAGUUAAUCAAAUUAAUAAGUUUUCAUGGAACUAUUUUGGCAUGUAAUUGUGGAACUUCAGGGUACUUUAGUCAAUGCAAGUCAUUACUUGUUGAUUGUAACUUGUAAAAUGUUGUGGCUAGAAUAUUAGUAACUAAUUGUUCAUUGA